AUGUUUUCCCCUGCAACCCCUAUCGACAAGGAGACCCUGAAGCACCUCCUUCCCCUUCGAUACAAUGGGAAGGCCGUGAUAGAAUGCAACCAGUUCAUCUCCCAGUUGCUCAUUUACUGGAGUAUCAACACCGCCCUCUCCACCAUCGAGCUCAAAGUGCAAGUUGCAUUAAGCCUGCUUGAUGGCGAUGCCUGCACCUGGGCCACCCCAAUUUUUGCCCAACUUGCAUCCAUUGCUGUCAGAGUGCAAGAGGCCAUAACACUGUUUGCCGAUGUCAAGGCUUUCCUCACAGUGUUCAAAGGCCACUUUGGCAACCUUGACGACGCUGCGUCUGCAUGCACUGCCGCAGAGUUCUCUGCAUUGUUCAAGGGUUCGGCGGACUGUUCUGGGUAUGGCGACCUGGAACUCUGUAACAAGUACCUGAGUGGCAUCCCCUCCCAUGUAUGCCGCAAGAUCGAGCUCGAAACAUUCACCACGUGGGAAACCACUGAAAAGUGCGCCACAAAAGUUGAAUAA